AUGUCGCUGCGGUCGAAGGCCCUGGCGUUAGUGGAGGUGCUUUUGCGGGUGCCACCGCUGUUCGUGGUAGAUGAAUUCCUAAAAAUCAGUUUGGGGCUGCCGGUGUCGAACGGCGAGGAGGUGUCGGUGCUGAGCAACGUGACGAUCGAUCACGUAGACAUAAACGAGGCAGAUGCUAACUAUUACGAUGCGAACUUCUACAAUGCGUUCUUCUUGACUUUCUUCGUAUUCGUCAUCUGCUGCUUAGGAUGCAUGUCCUCGCUCUGCGUGUUUGUGCUGUACACCAAGCACCUGAUCAUCGUGUACUUAUACCUCAUCUCCCUCGGUAUAGUCUUCGUCUCCUACUGGACCAAUGUCUCCGCGAUCAAGCAGAUCCAAGCGCUGACGCAGGCCGCCUCCGCCACCCACCCCUACACCAGCAUCCUCGAAGACAUUCUGAACCUCAACCUAAAGAGCCUCCUCGACCUGGACGGCCCCGGGAUCUUAGUGAUACAGAACUUCGUCAUCCAGUUCGGGCUCGCGUUCCUCUUCAAGAAUGUCCACCUCGGGCCGCGUAACCAGUUCAUACAGAAGCUGCUGCCGCUCAGUUUCAUGGCGCCUUCUUUCCUCGCGAUGCUGCCCGUUGCGCCGAACCUCCUCCACCACUCGCCCGUCUUCGCCUCCCUCCUGCCGCUCAUCCUCGUCAAGUUCGUCAUCUGGACAUCCGCCUACACGAUCGUGCACGUGAUCUACACUGGCUACCAGCACGGGCGGCUGUUCGUCAGCAACUACGGCCUCUCCGCCUUGGUCGAGACGGAAUGGAUGCGCCUGAACGUACCCUGCGUGCUCAGAGUGUUCUGGGUGCUGCGCGUGGCCGAGCACGCUAUCGCUCUCCUCAUGGACAGCUACGACGACGACACGGACGAGGUGUUGAAGGUGUCAACCCUUCUAGCCGUCCAUCGCUCGCCUCCAUGGCCAAGUCGCUGCUGG